CAACAUAUAACCCGAAGUCACGUGAGUUGCAUCACAUGAAUGAUUCGCCAUGUUCUGUGAGGGAAGGUGUGUAUUGUAAAUGUUAUGACAGGAAUUAAAAUUACGGUCAUUCUUCGCUUAUUCCCAGUUAUUUGAUUUAACUUUCGGAAGGAAAAGAAAUAAAUAAAGAAAACAUGCCACUUCUAUAUUCAGUUGUAUCUCGAGGAACAACAGUACUCGCAAAAUAUGCAAGUUGUGCUGGAAAUUUUUCAGAAGUUACUGAACAGAUUAUUGCAAAAAUAUCACCAGAAACACCAAAACUAACGUAUUCUCAUGGAAGUUACUUAUUUCAUUACAUUGUUGAAGAUGAUAUUAUCUAUCUCUGCAUAACUGAUGAUGAAUUUGAAAGAGGAAGAGCAUUUUUAUUUUUGAAUGAAAUUAAGAAAAGAUUCCAAAGUACUUAUGGUGCAAGAGCUCAGACAGCUCUUCCUUAUGCAAUGAAUGGAGAUUUUUCUCGUGUUUUAGCAACUCAAAUGAAACAUUUCUCUGAUAAUAAAGAUUAUGAUACAGUUGCUCGAGUACAAGGAGAACUAGAUGAACUUAAAGAUAUAAUGGUUAAAAAUAUUGAUACAGUUGCAACUCGGGGUGAAAGAUUAGAACUUCUUGUAGACAAAACAGAAAAUCUUAGUUCUUCUGCUAUAACAUUUCGGAAAUCUAGCAGAAAUUUGGCUCGUUCGAUGCUGUUGAAAAAUAUUAAAAUUACAAUUAUUAUAGUUGCUACUAUAAUUAUUAUACUAUACUUUAUUGUGAGUGCUGCAUGCGGUGGAUUAGAUUGGAAAAAGUGUGUGCAAUGAUGGUAAAACAAUUGAAUAUUUUGUAAAGUUUUAUAUCAAAGAAAAUAUUAUCCUGAUAUCUUUAGGGAACAAAAAAGAAAAACUUGUAUAUAAUUGUGUCACAGAAUUUCUGAUUAUUAAUAAAAUUUCAAAAAUAUUGUUAUAAAAAUAAAAUAUAAUAUUAGA